UCUCAUCAUAACCAUAAGCAGUUCUUCACAUUCACAACCAAAAUCACACGUAAAAGCUAAGCAGCUGAGAGAUUGAAAAACCAGAGGCAACCCAAGAUCCCAUUUCUUCCAAAGUUUCAAUCUUGGCCAGCAGUUUGCGAAGAUGGUUUACCAGUAUGUUCUUGGUGGGGUCUUGGUUUCUCUGCUGGGCUCUGUUUUUUUCAUGAUCAUAAACAGUACUCUGAGCGGGAAGAAGAAGGCCGAAGAUGUUUCAGAGGAUGUUAAUGGAAAUGGGUUUGCCCGGGCGCAGCCGGCUAACGGUGGUUGCCUGCCGGAGAUUGAGAAGAGUACGGACGUUGUCAUUGUCGGCGCCGGAGUUGCUGGUGCUGCUCUUGCUUACACUCUUGGGAAGGAAGGACGCCGUGUACAUGUGAUUGAAAGAGACUUGAGUGAGCCAGACAGAAUUGUUGGUGAACUAUUGCAGCCUGGAGGCUAUCUUAAAUUGAUUGAGUUGGGUCUUGAGGAUUGUGCAAAUGAGUCCAUUGAUGCCCAGAAAGUGUUUGGUUAUGCUCUUUACAAGAAUGGGAAUGACACCAAACUGUCUUAUCCCUUGGAAAACUAUUCUUCAGAUAUUGCCGGGAGAAGUUUCCACAACGGGCGUUUCAUCCAGAGAAUGCGCGAAAGAGUUGCAACUCUUCCAAAUGUGACUUUGGAACAAGGAACAGUGACAACCCUACUUGAAGAAAAGGGCAUCGUCAAGGGUGUGAUGUACAAGAACAAGGCUGGAGAGGAGAUGAGAUCAUAUGCUCCACUAACAAUCGUAUGUGAUGGUUGCUUUUCAAAUCUCCGCCGCAACCUCUGUACUCCAAAGGUUGAUAGUCCUUCUUGCUUUGUUGGUUUGAUAUUGGAGAACUGUGACCUUCCUCAUGCAAACCAUGGACAUGUGAUCUUGGGAGAUCCUUCACCCAUCUUGUUUUACCCUAUCAGUAGCACUGAGAUUCGUUGUUUGGUCGAUGUACCUGGCACAAAAGUACCUUCAGUAGCUAAUGGUGAUAUGGCCAAGUACUUGAAAACUGUGGUGGCUCCUCAGGUUCCCCCUCAGCUCUUUAAGGCUUUUAUAGCAGCAAUUGAGAAAGGAAACAUCAGAACCAUGCAAAACAAAAGCAUGCCUGCCACUCCACUUCCCACUCCUGGUGCACUUUUAUUGGGGGAUUCAUUCAACAUGAGACAUCCUUUAACCGGAGGAGGAAUGACUGUGGCUCUUUCAGACAUUGUCCUUCUAAGGGAUCUUCUCAGACCCCUAACCGAUCUCAAUGAUGCACCUGCUUUGUGCGAAUAUCUCGAAUCAUUCUACACACUGCGCAAGCCUGUGUCAUCUACCAUAAACACAUUGGCCGGUGCCUUGUACAAGGUGUUUUGUGCGUCACCUGACCCAGCAAGACAAGAAAUGCGAGAUGCAUGUUUUGACUAUUUGAGCCUGGGAGGCAUCUGCUCGUAUGGACCUGUAUCUCUGCUCUCUGGUCUUAACCCUCGUCCGAUGCACUUGUUUCUCCAUUUCUUUGCCGUGGCUGUCUAUGGAGUCGGCCGCCUACUAAUUCCAUUCCCUACCCCGCAACGCGUGUGGCUCGGGACUAGAUUGAUCUUGGGUGCGUCAGGAAUCAUAUUCCCCAUCAUUAAGGGUGAAGGAGUUCGACAAAUGUUCUUCCCUGCAACAAUCCCAGCAUACUACAGAGCUCCUCCUGCUCCUCUAGAAAACAAGAUGAAAGCAUUUUGAGAAGAAAAAGAAGAAAACAAAGACAAAAUUGCUACCCCAGUUUUUUUUAAUUGCUAUGGGAAACUAAGUUGUAUCAAAUCAGCAAGACUUCUCCCAAAAAAUAAAAAUCAAGGAGAGGGUCAAUGCUAUAUAUAUAUGUUCUUAAUUCUUUUUAGCGCAUUUGUUGUUCUGCAAAUGGGGAACAAGAUUUUCCCAAAGAAACUUGUAUCAAGAUCUCUAGCAGUUCGUAAAUAAUCUACACUUUAAACUUUCUUUUUUGCUUAA